GUUUGAACAGGUCAGCAUUUGGAUCGGAGUCGACUGUCAAGUAAGUUUGUUAUUAAAGCAAUAUCAGACAUUUAUACAAACAAUUUACUUAUUGAAGUUUAUAAUUUACUGUUGGUGACAGGUUUAAUAUUUCUGUAACCGCAUUUAAUUACCUUAGUGAUGUUAUUUAAUAUAUUCUUAUAUAUUGCUCUAUUUAUUCAACUAUGUGACUUCUCACAAACUUUCGUAAUGGACAAAAAUUCUAAUAAAUCGUACGAUCUCGAUUGGCAAUGCGACACUAUUUGCUCAGGAUCAGGUGGCAGGGCUCGCUUCGAUCCGAAGAACAAAAUAUGUAAAUGCACCAUGGACAAAAACACAGACGAAACUGAUAUUUUACUUAUGCAGAAGAACGCAGAAAACAUGGGCCUUCAAAUAAUAACAUGCGAAAAUUACAACAAAGAAAUGGAAAAACGUGAUGUCAAAAAAGAAGUGUUAUCUAAAGAGGAUCAAGUUGCUUCUGUUAAUUCGAUUCUUCCCAAAUUUAAUACUUUAAAUGAAGAAAUAAAUAAAAUGGAAAAACAGUGGUCCCCAAAUACAUCGAAUUUUAAUCAAAAUAAACCAUCUACAGUAGCUCCUGAGAAUGAGGAUCCUUCUACAACUCCAAAUAUUAACAUUUAUGAAGGUAAAAUAACUAACUAUCCUAUAAGAGGGAAAACGAAUUAUACUGCAAGGUUAAUUGAACUCUCUGAGAUGUAUUAUAAACCAGUACUUGCUCGAUAUAAGCAAGGCAAACUAAAACCAUUCGACCUAAAGCCGAAAGCUGAAUGGCAACCAAAAUCCCUUCCUAGGAUGGGAUUUGUAGAAACCGAGAAGGAAGAAAGCAAAAUUCAAAAAGCUAUGAACUUAGUAAAAGAAAAACAAAAAGAACUAUUUAGUAAGUUAAAGUCAAGAAAUUCAAAGUUACUGAGACGUAACCAGUUAGAUAAUCAUGAAGAUCAAGCAGGUAUUAUAGGAAAACCUUUUGCAACUUUUGACAAAUUUUAUCGAGAUAAAGCCCAUAAAACAAGAAGCUCCAUAAUUCGUAAAACAGAUGAGGUUCAAAAUGGGUCUAAUAAAGGCAUAAUUGUUCAACCGCCUGGUACUUAUGAUGAAUAAGAAUAAUAAGUUUUAUUAAAUUGACUUAAGGAUACCAUAUUAUUUAUUAUAACAAAAAUACAUUUAAGAUGAUACAUUAAACAUUAGCU